UAUUCUUUAUUCUCUAAACUUCCAAGCCGACCGACUUGCAAAAAGAGCUCGGACUCGAAGAUUCUCAUUUUUCCAUGUAAUUUUUUGUGAGGCCAUUCUCUCGGUAACUUCUUAAUAAGAUAUGAAGCUUUCGAUGUCAAAAAACGAAAAAUCCAUAGCCACUGUUAGCAUUCUUUAGUUUGAACAGGCAUUACGCUUCAGGUAGUUGAUUGAUUGUCAGAUCAGAAGAAAAGAAAGCAAGUUCCGACAUUUGAACACCCAACCAAAAUGAUUUGAAUUGAUUCUGGAAAUCAUAUUUAGUAGAAUCAUCGUAAAAUGCAAACCAUUUUAUGUCGGGUCGGUUUCUAAAACAUGAGUGAAAAUCAAAACGGGACCCACACACGCGCCGCUUCUUACUUAUGUGUCACUUUUUCAUCGCCAAAGCAAUUUAUCAAAGUUUUUUUUUUUUUUUGGUUUCCCAUCACUCUCUCUCUCUCUCUCUCUCUCUCUCUCUCUCUCUCUCUCUCUCUGCGCUUACGCCGGCAUUUUCUCCGUUAAUCGCUUCGUCGUCUCUCAGAUCCGCCAGAUGUUAUUUGCAGCAGAAGGAGGAGGAUUCUUCUCUUCAUCAGCUUCCGGGUAUAGCAACGGUCUAGCCCUUCUUCUACUUGGCCAUAAGAAUGACCAAAAACCUGUGAGGGUAUCACCUUGGAGCCAUUACCAUUUGGUAGCCCAAGAAACUGACACCAAGUUUCACUCGGAUUCAUCUAAGAAUUGGCUCUCACGUCGCUGCACUUCCCUUACAUGCUUUGGUCGCAAAUCUGAUAGUCAGCCACAAGAAUUUCCUUCUUCUGACAGCGAGGGGAAGAAGGAUCAUGCACCACCACCCAGUGUUGACUAUAACUGUGAAGUCAGUAAUAGGUUUGCACUUAAGAGCAGCUUGAAGAAAAGAUCAUCAUUUAGUGAUGCUUUUCUCGCUGAUGGUGAUGAUGUGAGUAGUAGAGACGGCGUGUUGGAUCAUGCUGACAGAAGGAAAGUUCAGUGGCCUGACACCUGUGGAAUUGAGAUUGCUGAGGUCAAAGAGUUUGAGCCUAGAUUAGGGAAUAACCAAUCUUCCAUAAAAAGCAGAUGCAUCUCGUUUAGGGAAACAACUGACUUCAUGAUUGAUAGUAAUAACACUCUAAAUCAUGAAUACGCUGCAGUUUAAUAAAACAUGAAAAUAUAUUCAACUUAUUUGUUCUUGAACUCAGAGUUUCCCUUACGUAGUAGACUAGUAGUAUUUUUAUACACAAUGGUUUGUCUUCUUCUAUAGAAGUUGCGUUGUAGACUUGUAGUUGUGCAAUCAUUCAGGCUGUCUUUCUUUUCUUGUUGUCAUACCAAGAACCAAUAUGUUGAAAACAUUUUUGCUAUGA